CGGGCGGCCGCGCUGGGCCUCGGCUUUCUCCGAGCUGGGCCGCGCAGCGUCUGGCGGGCGGUGGCGUCGGGAUCGCAGGCGGCGGCGCUGCUGCUUGCGGGGGUGCUGGCCAGAGGCGGCGGGUGAGGCGGGUGAGGUGGGCGCCACCGGCAGGCCGGAAGGGCGCCUCAGCUCCGCCGGAGCCCGCGGAGCGGGACCCAAGACCGAGGAGGAGGCGGCUCUCCUGCUGCCUGGAGCCCGGCCCGGUGCCCGCCGGGAGGGGGCAGUGGCUGGACGUUCCCAGCCCGGAGAGGCCCCCAGAGCUCCCGGCCGCCCCCUGGGGGUGCCCUCAGCCUCCCCGGACUUACCUGCGCGGCUGCCUGGCACCCAGGAGCGGGAGCGUGGGCACGGCGUGGGCGCCUACCCCCGGUCGCCAGCGGGGCGGGGGCGGGGCCGCCCUCGGCCUCACCGGGCCGCCCAUCGCCCUCAGUCUCACCGGUCCGCCCGCUGCGCCCAGUCGCGCGGCGUGAGCUCCCUAGGGACCGCGGCUCGGGAUGCUGUCCGCCAGCGCUGCCGCUCGCGCGCCGCCCGCCACCCCUUCCCUUGACUCCUGGGCCAUGCCCCAGUGUUUACAUGCCGGUGAAGCCCCCGGCCACUCCGAACCCCUCCAAGCCCCAGCUCCCCGAGGGUGAAGCCAACCGGCCUGCGAACUGGACUGAUAGUUCAGACCAGGGCCCUCCGGACUCAGAUCCCCAUCCGCUCUGCCGCCUCAGCCACCAUCUGGGCGGGAUCCGGCUCUGGUGUUUUGAGGAGGGGGUGUGGUGUAGGGAAAGGAAUCCUGGGGAUUUCUGGCUCCCCCCCUUUUUUUGGCCUUCGGGGCUUCAGACUCAGGGAACUCGCUCAUGGCUUUUUUGAUGAAGAAGAAGAAAUUCAAAUUCCAAACCACUUUCACCCUGGAGGAGCUGACUGCGGUCCCCUUCGUGAACGGGGUCCUCUUCUGCAAGGUCCGGCUGCUGGAUGGCGGGGAUUUUGUCAGCUUGUCGUCAAGGGAGGAGGUGCAAGAGAACUGUGUGCGGUGGCGGAAGAGGUUCACCUUCGUGUGUAAGAUGAGCGCCAACCCGGCCACCGGCCUGCUGGACCCCUGCAUCUUCCGUGUGUCGGUGCGCAAGGAGCUGAAAGGCGGGAAGGCUUACUCCAAGCUGGGCUUUGCCGACUUGAACCUGGCGGAGUUUGCAGGCUCGGGCUCCACAGUGCGCUGCUGCCUGCUGGAGGGAUAUGACACGAAGAACACCCGACAGGACAACUCCAUCCUUAAGGUCACCAUUGGAAUGUUCCUGCUCUCUGGAGACCCCUGCUUCAAGACGCCGCCGUCCACUGCCAAGUCCAUCUCCAUCCCAGGCCAGGAUUCCUCCCUGCAGCUGACGUGUAAGGGUGGCGGGACCAGCAGCAGUGGCAGUGGCACCAACUCCCUGACAGGGUCCCGGCCCCCCAAGGCCCGGCCCACCAUCCUCAGCUCAGGGGUGCCAGAGGAGCCGGACCAGAACCUCUCCAGCCCCGAGGAGGUGUUCCACUCCGGCCACUCCCGCAACUCCAGCUACGCCAGCCAGCAGUCCAAGAUCUCUGGCUACAGCACCGAGCACUCGCGCUCCUCCAGCCUCUCGGACCUGACGCACCGCCGGAACACGUCCACCAGCAGCAGCGCCUCGGGCGGCCUCAGCAUAGCUGUGGAGGGUCCCGAGGGCAGCGAGCGUGAGCACCGGCCCCCCGAGAAGCCGCCGCGGCCACCCCGGCCCCCACAUCUGUCGGACCGCUCGUUUCGGAGGAAGAAGGACUCCGUGGAGAGCCACCCGACGUGGGUGGAUGACACGCGGAUUGACGCUGACGACAUCGUGGAGAAGAUCAUGCAGAGCCAGGACUUCACGGACGGCAGCAAUACUGAGGACAGCAACCUCCGGCUGUUCGUGAGCCGUGAUGGCUCCACCACCCUGAGUGGCAUCCAGCUGGCCAACAGGGUCUCCUCUGGGGUCUAUGAGCCAGUCGUGAUUGAAAGCCAUUGAGGAGCGGGCGUCCAGGCUGGAGAAGGGCCCUGCCUUCACAGGCGUCCAGACGCAAGUCAUUCCACAAGGGACCUUCCCCUUCGGAUCACCAUCCGUGCCGCAUUUCAUCUGUGCCUGCUCCGUGCACUCCAGCCCCAAAGCAUCAUUCCAUUGACCUCCCAUCAUUGCUGGGACGCUCAUGGCCCGCCAGGGCCCUGGGCACCACUGUGAAUAUUCUCCUCUGAACCACUAGAGGGCAGGACACAUGGGCCCGUGAAGCAGGUGGGCCAGACAAACAUGGCGGGGACUGCCCCUAUGGACACCCACCUGGCCCCUCAGCGAGGACAUGCAGCAACUCCUGCACAUGCAGGGAUGCCUGUGGCUGAGGGGCCUCUUGUCCUGUGUCCCUGCUCACUCCAGGAGCACUGUUCCAGCCAGUGGCCCUGGCAGGGCCUUGCUCCAUUGCUCCCUUGCCCUUGGGGGGCCAGUCCACCCCUGGAAUCCUGCCACCAUGGCCCUCGGACUGCUCAGUGCUUCAGCCGUCCCUUCCCUGUGUCCCGGGGGACCUGCUGGCGGCCUCCUCCUGGGAACCAAGACCUCAAACCCCACCCACACUCCAGAUUGAGACCCCACCUCCCCCCGCAACGAAUGUUCUCCCGCUGCCCUGGCAGCCUGCACUUUGCACACGCUUGUCUCCAGCACAGCGCCCUGGCCCUCACCUGCCCGUGCUCUGAGCCCUUCCCAAGGAUUCCUGGGCGCUGCCUGCUGUGCGGUCAGCAGCCCAGCCCUAGCAGCCCGGCUGGAACGUGGCACUGCCCCUCCCCCCUCCAGUUAGCUCCAGCUCAGUCCCGAGCCCCGUGCUGAGAAAGGUGUGAGCGUGGUCGGUGGUUCCCCUCUGCCCGGGACUGGGUCCUGAGCAGCUGGCUUCCAGUAGGAGGCCAGGGCAGGUGCCUCCCAAGCCCUUGGAGCUCUGUGGCCUGGCUGGGCUGGGCUGGGCAGGCAAAGCACCCUUUCUCUCCCCUCAGGGUCAGCUGGCCCAGGCCGGGGCUAGUGCUGGAGAGGCAGGUGGGCUGUGACUGGACUGGCCUGGAGCUGGCUUCCUGGCCAGAAAAGCCUCAGCCAUCCUCUGAAAGCAUCCCCUCUCUGGGCAAGGGCGAGGUGGGGUCCAUUAAUGGGGUUUUCCCAGCGGGGGGGCAGUCUGGCCCUGCCCCCGCCCCCGCCCCUCCCUAAAUCCUCUGCUCUCAGCACUUUCCCCGCCCUAGUCCUCGUUACUUGCUUGAAGGUGGGUUCUGACUGCCAGCCAGUCCCUGGACAGACCCCCCUGCCGCUCUUAAAUUUCACUCAUUUUGUAUAAACCCAGCAGGCUGGUGUUUACUUAGCCCUAUUCCUUUUUCCUUUUCUUUCCUCUUUUUUUCCUCUUUUUUCCUUCCUUCCUUCCUUUCUUUUUCUUUUCUUUUUUAGAGUUCACAGUUUGGUAUUUUUCUCCUCCCCCAGGCGAGGGGAGGUGGUUCUGUUCUCUCCCUACCCGCUGGCUGGGUCCCAGCAGGGCUGGGGAUCUGGGUGGGGUGCAGAUGGGGGUGUCUCCUCCCCAGGCUGGGAGGGGUCCUUGCCCUUCUGCCCCACUGGCAAGAAUUGGAGUCUUGGUCUUGGAACCUCCUGGCGUUGGGACCAGAGCAUUUCUAGGAUUUUUGUUGUUGUUGUUUUUAAUUACCUAACUUUUAGAAAAUGAAUGUUAGAAGGUGCCUGCUGAGGCAGGACGGAGCAUUUGCUCUGGCUGGAGAAGGCUCUGGUCAGCUCUGCGGGUCCCUUCCUGCCCCACAGACACCUGGCACUUUAAAAGGGAGCUGGCCGCACUGUCUCCAGUUGAAGUGACCCCCCAGAAGAUGGGGGAAUGCUGUCCUUCCCUUCUGUGUCUUCAUGACCUCAGCCCAGUGAGGAGAUGCAUUCAGGGUGUAUUUGGGGUCUGAUUCAAAGUUCUGGGGCUUUAGACAUAAAAUAGCUGGCUUUGGUGCUGUUGGGGAGAAUUCCCCAAACCAGGAACCCUAGCCCCAACCUAGGCGAGGUCUGAACUUGACAGUCACCCAGAAGGAGACAGAGCCUGCCACACCCUCCCACGCUAGGCCCUGGGCCAGGGUAAUUGGACUAACAGAAUUCGGCCACAACCAAAUUAAUGCUGGCUGGAGCCGGACGCCUGGAGUCCUGGCCUCAUCCCCACGUGGGAGCUCCUUCUUCGGCCCUCUGGUCGCCUCAAACUCAGUGAAUUCCAAUUAGGUGCCCACAGCUCUGGACUUAAAAUCCUAUAUAUAGAGAGAGAGAUAGAAAGAGUAUAUUAGAGAUAUUUUUGGAAAGGAAUUGGUCUAUGCAAUGCCAGUUUGGAAUCUUCUUGAAAGACAGUUUAACGUUUUUACUAGGAGAUUUAAAGAAAAGAAAUAAAGGUCUACAAUAUUUUUAGUUUUUUUUUUGUUUUUUUUUUUCUGGUCACCCCACAAACUGACCACAUGGCAUGAUCUGCCAGGACGGAGAAUGUCCAUGGCUUCCUCUCUUUAGGGAGGUGAGCAGGGAGAUGGGGGGAGGGGAGGUCUUUUUUUUUUUUUAACACCCCUCCUUUCUAACAGAAUGUUAUAACACCGCCACCCCCUGAUUCAGUGGGCUGUGUUUGUAUCUCUGUCCCAGCUUCUAUUGUAGAAAAUAACAUUGUAAAGGGAAAUCAACCUAGUGUCAGUGUCUUGGUUUUGGGGGGAAAAAAAUUAAAUGUUGCAGUUUUUGUUUGUUAUGGCA